AUGUCGAGACACCUCCAGACCCACAUUUGGAGUGAGUGUGCUUACACUUUGGAGAAUGUCAAGAACGGCAGGUGGCACCUUGGCAGCACCGGCAAGUACUCGCAAGCCGACGGCAUUUGGAAGGACAUCAUGGCUGUCACCCGUCCGAAGCAAACCUUUUUCAUUCAGCGGCUCCACUUCGCCUUUCAAAUCAAGAGGAAGCAGGUCCGGACGGCGACACACGCUAGGAUGUCGCCCGAGGGCUGGGAGCAACUGGUGGACUCCAGUUGCCUGUUGAUGUGGGCAUUGGAGGCCAUGGCCAAGGCCAGAACGGACGACGGUGCAGAUGUGCUGUUCACGGGUGACACGGUGAGGGCCGCUACGCAGAAGGUGUUGGAAGGGGACUACAAUGCGGAGGCUGACAAGUUCUGCCUGCUCAAGCUGCCUGACAUCAAGCCUUCGGACCUCAACCUUUGGACAGAUCACCUUGGCAGCGCCACAGCUGCAAGUCUGAUCCAAAAGGGUAUGGAGGAGGUGAGCAAGCUUGACAACGAGAGCAUCCAGAAACAGUUCGAGAGCGACGUCUACAAGAUCAGUUUGGACCUGGCUUCUUUCGUUGCCUACCUGGCAGACUUGCAGAAGUGUGGCCGGUCGAAACAGAUGGCAAAAGUUUGUCAUCUUCGUGCUGAGAACAAGAGAGGUUCCGGCCUCGUCCUUGAUUUCAUGGAAGUCAACAGCAAGCACGAGCACGGCCUCUACAAGGACGCGGAUGCGAUCGAGAGUAUCAAGAAGGCUGGGUAA